GAGAGCUUCAGGUCAAUACGGUGCAUAAUGGUGCCUCAAUGAAGAGCCUGAAGUAUGGGGAGGUGAUUUUUCUAUGUUCUUGCGGGAAGGCACUACUAGAAUGACCUAUUGCAAGAUGACAUGCUUUGAUGCAUACUUUCGAUCCAAACAUGCAGCACGGCUAUGCAACUACGCUGCAGACACGGGCUAUCCUUUCAUAUGCGCGGAUGUGACGAGCGGAUAAUGAACAAUGCCGUCUCCUUGUGGGAGGUUGUCUCUUGCAUCCUUCAGAUCGCGGUAAGGUCCAGUGUCGUCACUGUGAAAGCAGCGGUACAAACAGGGUACGCAAAGGAUCGUUCUUCGAAGAAUGGAUACCAAUCCGAACAAAACUGGGGAAAAUUCCCCAGAUACUGCUACGAAACAGAGGACCUGGACUUGGUCAACCUCAGUGUAUCCGUUCCAGUAUUGCGCCAAACUCUGAAAGAGUCUCUCCAACAGCGAUGUAAGAACUGGGCACUUCCUGCCAAGAAAUAUUACAAGCAGUACACGCUCGCGGAGGAAGGAUAUCUGCACGGACGGAAAGUGGAACUUGGUAUCGUCCAGCCUUUCGCAGAAGCUAUUCUCCACGGCCAUUGUGGUGUUGUGCGGAAUGUGCUGGAUGCCGGUGUUCACCCCAACAAAGACCGUGACAUUUACGGGGAAUCCUUUUGGCACCUUGCAGUAAAGACACGGAAUAUUGAUAUAGUGCAAAUUUUCUUGUCUUUCCCUCAGACGGACGUCAAUCAGUUGACAUGGUUCGGCGAGCGGGCGCUGGACAUGUUUACCCCUAAGCGAUGGUUUUGGCAGAUGACCCAAAACCCAGCACUCAGGGCUCUCAAUCGAAGUCAACACCAGAGCGCUUCCGAGCAAGCUUCUGUGCAGAGGGAUCAGAGGCUCAUGGAGAUUUUGCUUGCGCGGGGCGCAACUUUCACCACGUCACAUUUCCUAGGCCAUCUGGUGCGACGUCCAGGCGGUCCGGAGCUCCUGAGACUGGCGAUUCGGAAUGGCACCUACCGCAAGUACUCCACUCUCCACCAGCACAUGGAAUAUUGUAUCCAGCAUCUCUCGCCCAAUGUCUUGGAUGUUAUGACUCAGGAAUGUUCGGACGUGAAAUCCAUAUACACAGGCCGAUUUAUCGAGGAAGUACUUGGGAACGGUCAACGCCGGCUACGACGUGGGCAUGUAGCUCACGCAUUCGCCACGUACAUGAUCCAACAGGGCUUUCGCCUCAAUAUCUAUUACUCGUUGACCGAAUUUCACGAACUGGCGGUGGUUUUGGGGAAAAUGGUUCCAAGACCCAAUUUCUACGGCUCGGAAGUCUUACCGGAGAAGGUCUGGAGAAAAUGGGCCCGGCUUGCCUGGCUGCUGCUAGAGCGACCGGAGAUGCAGUGUGUUGGCUUUGAAGCGUGGAGGGAUCCAGAGAUGAUUCUGAAAAGCCCGCUUCGGGAGGCUACGAUAGCCAGGCGCUGGGAUGAGGUUGGCGCUCUGCUUCGAGCAGGCCCUCGGCGCUGAAGGAUUUUCUUGUGUUUGAUGCUUCCAUAGUUAUCAGAUUGCACUGUAGCA